ACGUGUCAUUUCGCAUCGGCCAUAUGUUUUUAGCAUUUUUUGCGGAAGAAACAAAGUACUAUUUCUCUGAGUUGCGUAGUUUUCUUUUCUUCUACAUCUAGUUUUUUUUUUCAUAUUCAUCACCUUCUCUCAUAUUUCUUCUUUCAAUAGAAUUAUCCAGAACUUUUUAAAAAGAUGGUAGCUCCGAUCCGAUUCUUUGAGCUGAACACUGGUGCCAAGUUACCUUGCAUCGGUCUAGGAACCUACGCCAUGGUCGCCACAACGAUCGAACAUGCAAUUAAGAUUGGUUACAGGCAUAUCGACUGUGCUUCGAUUUACGGUAACGAGAAAGAGAUUGGUGGUGUGUUGAAGAAGCUGAUAGGUGAUGGUUUCGUGAAGCGUGAGGAGUUAUUUAUCACUUCCAAACUCUGGAGCAAUGAUCAUUUACCUGAAGAUGUGCCUAAGGCAUUGGAUAAAACAUUACAGGACUUACAGAUUGACUAUGUUGAUUUAUAUCUGAUACAUUGGCCUGCGAGCUUGAAGAAGGAAUCACUUAUGCCAACUCCUGAGAUGCUCACUAAACCUGACAUACCUAGUACAUGGAAAGCAAUGGAAGCUCUCUAUGACUCUGGAAAAGCUCGGGCAAUCGGUGUAAGCAAUUUCUCGUCGAAGAAGCUCAUAGAUCUUCUUAACGUGGCACGUGUAGCCCCGGCAGUUAACCAAGUUGAAUGUCACCCAGUUUGGCAGCAACAAGGUCUUCAUGAGCUAUGCAAAUCCAAAGGAGUUCACUUAUCCGGUUACUCUCCUUUGGGUUCCCAAAGUAAGGGAGAAGUCAGGCUAAAGGUUCUUCAAAACCCGAUUGUUGCCGAGGUUGCUGAGAAACUUGGAAAGACCACUGCUCAAGUGGCUCUCCGUUGGGGACUCCAAACUGGUCAUAGUGUUCUACCAAAGAGCUCGAGCGAGGCUCGGCUCAAGGAGAAUCUUGAUGUUUUUGACUGGUCUAUACCUGAAGAUCUGUUUGUCAAGUUCUCUAACAUUCCCCAGGAGAAGUUAUGCCGAGCUGCUGAGUUUGCGCAUGAGACACACGGCUUCUAUAAGACCAUUGAGGAGUUGUGGGACGCUAGUGCAGUCUGCGUUGAACAACCACCACCACAUCAUAUAAUGGCAAAUGCGAUCACAUUCUUCGAGCUCAACACCGGCGCUAAGUUCCCGUCGGUUGGUCUUGGAACAUGGCAAGCCUCUCCUGGCCUUGUUGGCGAUGCAGUCGCCGCCGCUAUUAAGAUUGGCUAUCGUCAUAUUGAUUGCGCUCAGAUCUAUGGCAACGAAAAAGAGAUACUGAAAACUCCUUCUCAUGCUCAGAUUGGGGCGGUUCUGAAAAAACUGUUUGAAGACAGAGUAGUAAAACGCGAGGACUUGUUCAUCACCUCCAAACUCUGGUGUACUGAUCAUGACCCUCAAGAUGUACCAGAGGCAUUGAACAGAACUCUACAGGAUCUGCAGCUUGACUAUGUCGAUCUUUAUCUGAUGCACUGGCCUGCACGGAUGAAGAAAGGUUCUGUUGGAAUUAAGCCAGAGAACAUUUUGCCUGUAGAUAUUCCUAGUACAUGGAAAGCGAUGGAAACACUCUACGAUUCGGGCAAGGCACGAGCCAUAGGUGUAAGCAAUUUCUCCACCAAGAAACUAGCUAAUCUCGUGGAGUUAGCUCGUGUUCCUCCUGCGGUUAAUCAGGUCGAAUGUCAUCCUUCUUGGCGACAAACUAAGCUACGAGAGUUCUGCAAAUCCAAAGGGGUUCACCUAAGUGCAUACUCGCCGUUGGGUUCUCCAGGGACAACGUGGCUGAAGAGCGAUGUUCUGAAGAACCCCAUACUGAAUAUGGUUGCGGAAAAACUCGGAAAGAGUCCUGCGCAAGUUGCCCUUCGUUGGGGACUCCAAAUGGGUCACAGUGUCCUUCCCAAGAGUACCAAUGAAGGAAGAAUCAAAGAGAACUUUAAUGUUUUUGACUGGUCAAUACCCGAUGACAUGUUCGCUAAGUUUUCUGAGAUUGAACAGGCUAGGUUAGUGAAUGGUUCGUUCUUUGUUCAUGAGACACUGAGCCCUUAUAAGUCUAUUGAAGAAUUAUGGGAUGGCGAGAUAUGAUUUUUAGCUGAUCUAUUUGUUUUGUCAAAUAAUGGGAGGUUUUUCUC